UUAAUCUUCCCAAUGAGAUAAUCGUUUUAAUCAAUCGUUUUAUUCAUGAUUAUUUAUUAAUUGGUUGUUAAUUAAACUUAAUCAUUUUAAUUGGUGAAAUUCUAUACUCUUAGUCUUUAAUUGUUUCCCUUUCAAGUGACCAACAACAUCGGAACAAAAGUAAUUAAUUGUUCUGAGAGUUGAAGGUUUUCAUUUCUAUCUUGUCUGGAUACACCUACAAAUGUUUUGUUAAUUUGUUUUUCUCAUCAAAAGAAGACCAAUUUGUUUCUAAUCUAAAUUCUGUGUCAAUUUUGUGCUUUCGUUAUCUUUUUCUCUGUCAUCAUCUUGUCCAGUUAAUUGUUACCAUGGAACGUGGUGAAGUGGAGAAAUUAAGAGAACAUCUUUCUCUUCUAAGGGAACAAUACGUCAAAUUACAAUCUAAAAAUUCUGAAAUUGAACGUAAAUAUAAUGUUCUAGUGGCGAGUAGCGGUGAAACCAGUGAGAGUCAUUUCGUUAAUCGUUUGAUGAAAACCAUUGCCAAUCUAUUAGAUAAAGAUGAUUAUUCAGAUUGUACCAUUUGCCUGAAGGGUGGAGAUGUUAAAGUUCAUAAGUUUAUCCUCACCUCUCGAGGUAACCAUUGGGGUGCUGAAGAUUUUAGUGAAACCAAGACUCUUGAUUGGAGUGAUAUACCUUACGAUACUGGUCUAGUGAUUCUUAAAUGGAUUUACACUGAUCAAAUUGAUUUAACAUCUAAUUCAGAAGAAGCUAUUUUAACCAUCAUUAAAAUAGCAAAGAAAUUUCAACUCAACUCUCUUAUUGAAAAAUGUGAAGAGUCAUUAAUGUCAUUUGUUAAUGUUCGUAAUUGUGUUAAAUUUUACCAAAUAGCUGAUGAAAUUCAAGCCGAUACUCUAAAGAAUCAUUGUUCCCAAUUAAUCUCCAAUUAUUGGAAUGAUUUUAGUUCCAAUGAUUUUGCUUCAAUGACAGCAUCCCUUUUGUUUAACAUGUUUAAAGCAAAGACUCGGUUUCCUCUUCACCAAGCAAUCAAAAUCAAACGGGAGGAUGUUGUCUUCCUAUAUCUUAUUGAAUAUAAUAGCCAAUUGUUUACAAAAAUCAAUGAGGCCGAUGAAUCUGGUGAAAUCCCGUUGAAUUUGGCUCUUAAAUCGGGUCAAAUUGACAUUGCUAAAACUUUACUUCUCCACCAGGCCAAUAUAAACGCUGUCGAUGAUAAUUCGCGAACACUAUUACAUCGAGCCAUUGAUCGAGACGAUGGAGAAUCAAUUAAUUUCCUCCUUGAUUCAGGUGCUUCUGUUCACAUCGCAUCAACACGAGAGAAACAAACGCCUCUGCAUCUAUUGUGCUCCAAAAAAUUAACCGAUUCCACAAUUUCCAAUAAACUUUUGUCAUCAGGUUCCGAUCCGAAUCUACAAGACGCUGAAGGAAAUACUUGCCUUCACUUGACCAUUUUACACAACAAUGAGCCAAUUUUUUGUGAACUUCUUGAUCAACGUAAUGUAUCACUUGAUAUUCGUAAUGCCAAAGGAUUUACACCACUUACCUUGGCUCUUUCACGUCUCGAAGAGAAUGAAAUUUUUGCCAUGAAAUUGGUUGAAAAAGGUGCUUCUGUUGAUUCAUCUGAUCCUGUCACUGGUAAUUCCUUGCUCCAUAUUGCUGCAACCGAGAAAAAUGAAUCAGCUGGUAUUUUCUUAAUCAGUCGAGGUGCCAAGGUUAAUGUAACCAAUAAAAAAGGUGAGGCACCUUUGCACAUCGCUGCUUCCCUUGGAUUAGAGAAAUUGGUUAAAUGUUUAUUAGAAAAUGGUGCUAAUUGUAACAUUGUCACUUCAUCGGUAUCAUUGGUUAACUCUAAUGGUGAUCCUUUUGCCUCACCAGUUGAAAGUAAAACAAUUGAUGAUCAACUGUCAUCUUAUGUUUACAAUCAAACACCAUUACACUUAACGGUUCUCAAUAAACAUGAAAACAUCAUUCGUAUUAUUUUAAGCUGUAAAGCAUCAGAUGGUAAAGAUCUUGGAUCAUCAAUUACCCUCCCCAAUUUGAAUAUCAAAGAUUCAAAUGAUGAAACACCUCUUUCCAUGGCGAUUAGAUUAAAGUUAUUAGACAUUGCUCAAUUGUUGAUUGACGAAGGAGCCAAUGUUAAUAUUAAAGAUUCAACAGGAUUUACAUUAUUACACAAAGCAAUUAUCAAUGAAGAUUCAAGAGGAGCCUUGUUUUUAUUGAAUCAUGGAGCUGAUAUUAAUCUUUGUACACCCACCGGUGAAACACCAUUACAAUUGGUUGUUAAACAUCAACUUGAAUCAGUUUUAAUUGACCUGUGCUCUAAAGGUGCUGAUGUUAACACACUUGAUGAAAAUGGUAAUUCACCUUUAUGGAUUGCUCUUGAAUCUAAAAAUGAAGAUAUCGCAUCGAUUUUGGUACAAUAUGAGUGUGAUACAAAUUGUUGGGGUGAAGGUCCCGGUGGAUGUUGGCAAACGAUACUUCAUCGAUCUCUUGAUGAAAACAAUGAAUUUAUUGCUGUUUUCCUGAUACGCUCUGGAUGUGACCUUAAUUCACCGAGAAAACCAUCGCCCGAUGGUAAAGGAGAUGAAGAAGCUCACGAUGGACAGACACCUUUGCAUAUGGCCUGUGCUUGGGGUCUUGAGAAUGUGGUUCAAACUCUACUGGAGUUUGGUGCCAAUGUAAAUAUACAAGAUGCCGAUGGAAAAACACCUCUUCAUAUUGCAAUUUUUAACCAACAUUCAACCAUAAUCUCUCUUCUUCUUUGUCAUCCUUCUCUAAACUUAAAUCUUCGAGAUAAAACGGGCUGUACACCUUUCGCUACUGCGAUGAAUAUUAAAAACAACAAGGCUGCCCAAGAGAUUCUCAAUCGAGAUCCUAAUUCGGCGGAAAAAUACGAUGCCAAAGGAUACAAUUUUCUUCACACGGCAAUCAAACGAGGUGACAUUGAGAGUGUCCUAUUCCUCCUUUCAAUCAAUGUUAAUAUCCAUUCUCGAGUCCAGGAUCCCGUUCAAAUGACACCAUUACAUUUGUCCGUUGAAUCAGGAUCUGAACUUAUACUUCGCAAUUUACUUUUAGCUGGAGUUAAUAUUAACGAUAUGACCGCACAAAAACAGACCGCUCUUCAUAUCGCCGCUGAACAUGAUCACAGUGCCAUUUGUAGUAUAUUAUUGGAGAAAGGAAUUGACUUUAAUGUGAUCGACAUUAAUUUAAAUAAUGCUUUACAUGUUGCAUGUCAAAAAGGUCAUCUAGCGACAUCCAAAGUCCUUUUCAAUGAAUCAACUAUAACUUCGGAUGCAGUAAAUGCUAAAGGUCAAACCCCGUUGCAUCUUUUAGCUCAAUUUGGUCGUGACAAUGCAGCGGCAAUUUUUGAACUUUUUAUCAGCUGUGAGCCCAAUUACCCUGUUAACAAACCGGACGCCGAGGGUAGCACAGCUCUACUUUUAGCCUACAUCAAUGGAAAUGUCAACCUUUGUCGAGCAUUGGUCAAAAAUCGUGCCUGUCUUGGAACAUCAAAUAAGAAUGGGGUCAAUUUAUUCAACUGUUCCGUCGCUUCGAAUUCACUUUUAUAUAAAUUACUUGAUUCGCUUGAUGCCGAACCUGUUUGGACCGAAGGUGAUGCUUGUGCUGAAUGUAGUCGAAAGUUUGGCAUCCAAUUGAGAAGACACCAUUGUCGCCACUGUGGUCGUGUUUUAUGUUCUAAUUGCUCGGCUAAAAUGAUCACGAUACCCAAAUUCGGCCUAAACAAAGCAGUUCGCGUUUGUGAAACUUGUUUCGAAGUGCUAAUGAUGGGAUUCUCAGCAUAAAAUCUUUAUUCAGAGAGAAUCAUAUCAACACCUAAAACAAACCUUUCACUUCGUAAUCAUGAUUACCAAGUAUUGCAACGUUUAAUUUAUUCUUACAAUUUGUCUAAUUACCAACAACUAUAUUAAUUGUGACAUAACUAAAAUUGUUAUCUAUCAACAACAAUUUCUCUUCUAUCUCUUUUUUUCUUAGAUUUACAAUUUAAAGCAAAAUAUUUAAACAUAUACACAAAAAACACAUUCCAAUCAAAUAAUAAACCAAUUUAUUUUAUUUGAUUAAUCCCAAUUGUCUCUUAAUUGCUGUAAAAUCGGAAUCAAAGUAUAGUUAAUCCAAAAUGUUUUAAACAAUCAACCGACUGAACAGAAACUCCUGGCAUUCAAUUAACGAUAAUUGAUUGGUUUUUAUGUAUUAUAAUCAUUGAUUAGACAAGUAAUUGUUUAGAAAACAAUCUCGUUAAUUAUCUUAAUUAUCGGUAAUCAUUUCACACACAGAGAAGAUUAAAAAAGUCUAUCAGGUUAAAGAUUAACUAUGAAGGAGAAAACAAUGAAAUCAACUGAUUAACAAGAAUAUUUUCAAUAGAAAGUUAAUCAGUUGACAAUUAUUCUCAAAAUUAUUCCCACAAUUAAAUAGAUUAAUUGUUUACUCUAAUCCCGCGCUUUCUAAUUGGUAACACUGGUAACCAUAAAUAACGAGCAAAUGAUUCAUCUUAGAUUUUAAAUUUUAAAUUUUAAAUUUUCUUUUUCAAAUUUUCAUUUCAUUCUCCUUGAAUUCACCAAUAAAUUGAAUUUCCCUAAUUGUCAUGGGUAAGCCACGAAAAUGUGACCUUUGCAAGAUCAUCCGUUCAGAAAGAUUCACAUUAUAUUGCAACGAAUGGCAGAGAAGACCAGAGCAAGUGACCUUCCCCCGGAAGUGAAGGAAAAACGGGCUGAGAUGUACUGCAAAGUCACCACAAAAGUAUCGAAAAAUAUGGUAUACCCGAAUGUCAAUGUUACUUUUAGACCUUAAUUUUCCUCUGGCAUCGAAUCGCUCGUUUCAUUUUUUCCUCUGUUCGUAUUAACAUUGAUCAUCUUUAUUCAUACUCAUUGAGUUUCUCAUCUCCAUGAAGUUCAUUUGUACUUUUACAAGAAAAACAUUCAAACAAUAAACGAUUCGUUUGGCCAACUUCAA